CGAAAUGCAAUUUGUUGCGUGCGCGUGUAUGAGCAUAGGUGCGUCGGCUGUGCAUUCGAUUUGUUUACUGGCGUUUUUAUUUUGGUUUUUUUCUGAAAAUCGCCCGCGAUGACAGAGAAAAUCACAUUGGCUGAUGCUCUGUCUAACGUCGAGGUGCUCGAUGAGCUCUCCUUACCCGACGAACAGCCUUGCAUCGAGGCCCAGCCAUGCUCCAUUAUCUACAAAGCCAAUUUCGAUACAAAUUUCGAAGAUCGCAAUGGUUUUGUCACAGGAAUCGCCAAAUACAUUGAAGAGGCUACAACUCAUGCCAAUUUGAAUUUACUCCUCGAAGAGGGCCAGAAACAUGCUGUAAUGCUCUACACAUGGCGUUGUUGCUCACGAGCGAUCCCGCAACCUAAAUCUAAUGAACAACCAAAUCGAGUUGAAAUUUACGAAAAAACAGUUGAGGUGUUAGCUCCGGAAGUCAAUAAACUGUUGAAUUUCAUGUAUUUUCAACGAAAAGCAAUCGAAGCAUUCUCUGGUGAAGUAAAACGUCUUUGCCAUGCCGAGAAACGUAAAGAUUUCGUAUCAGAAGCAUAUCUCCUCACUCUUGGAAAAUUCAUAAAUAUGUUCGCCGUCCUCGAUGAAUUGAAAAACAUGAAAUCGAGCGUGAAAAACGACUACAGUACGUAUCGACGUGCUGCCCAGUUUCUCAAAGUCAUGACCGAUUCUAAAGCUUUACAAGAAUCACAAAAUCUGUCCAUGUUUCUUGCUACUCAGAAUAAAAUUCGAGACACAGUGAAAGACACUCUUGAAAAAAUUCCUGGUUAUGAGGAUUUGCUGUCCGAGGUUGUGAAUAUCUGCGUUCAUAUGUUUGAGAAUAAAAUGUAUAUGACGCCUGAAGAGAAACACAUGCUCGUGAAAGUGAUGGGAUUUGGGUUGUUCUUGAUGGACAGCGAAUUGUGCAAUAUCAAUAAACUUGAUCAGAAGAAGAAAUUACGUCUGGAUCGGAUCGAUCGGAUAUUCAAGAACCUGGAAGUAGUGCCGCUAUUCGGUGAUAUGCAGAUUGCCCCGUUUAACUACAUCAAGCGAAGCAAACAUUUCGAUGCUAGCAAAUGGCCUCUAUCUAGUUCGACAGCAAUAAGUCCACAGGCAGAUUUGAUGGUUCAUUUGCCCCAAAUCCGUGAUGAUCACGUCAAAUAUAUUUCUGAACUGGCGCGGUAUACCAAUGAAGUAACAACUACGGUUAAGGACAAUCCAACGGAUGCUGAGAAUCGAGCUACAGCUGAUUUGGCACUUCGUGGUUUACAGUUGCUGUCCGAAUGGACAAGCGUUGUAACCGAGCUUUAUUCAUGGAAGUUGCUUCAUCCAACAGAUCACCAUCAAAACAAGGAGUGUCCUGUCGAAGCUGAGGAAUAUGAGCGCGCAACUCGCUACAACUACACAUCUGAGGAAAAAUUUGCACUAAUCGAGGUCAUUGCUAUGAUCAAAGGUCUUCAAGUUCUGAUGGCGCGGAUAGAAACCGUUUUAUGUGAAGCCAUUCGGCGGAGUAUCUAUGCCGAAUUGCAAGACUUUGUUCAGCUGUCAUUGCGUGAGCCUCUGAGGAAAGCUAUCAAAAACAAAAAAGAUUUGAUUCGCAGCAUUAUAAUGUCUGUCCGAGAAACAUCUGCCGACUGGCAAAAAGGCUCGGAACCAAACGAUGAUCCAGCAUUGAAAGGGAAAAAGGAUCCCGAUGGUGGUUUCAAAAUCCAUGUACCUCGUCUAAAUGUCGGACCAUCAUCAACUCAGCUUUAUAUGGUUCGGACCAUGCUUGAAUCGUUAAUUGCCGACAAAAGUGGAGGAAAGCGAACAUUGCGAAAAGAUAUUGAUGGCAAUUGCCUGAUGCAAAUCGAUCAGUUCCACAAGACUUCAUUCUUCUGGUCGUACUUGCUAAAUUUCAGUGACACACUGCAAAGAUGUUGUGAUCUAUCCCAAUUAUGGUAUCGGGAAUUUUAUUUGGAGAUGACAAUGGGACGAAAAGUUCAGAAGUGCAUGGUUCGACAUCAACACAAUGAUGAGUGCAAUGAUCUGAUUACGAUGGAGAAACGAAUUCAAUUUCCGAUUGAAAUGUCAAUGCCGUGGAUUUUGACUGCGCAUAUUUUACAAACUAAAGAGCCUUCUAUGAUGGAGUUCGUCCUUUACCCUCUUGAUUUAUAUAACGAUUCGGCACAUUACGCCCUCACUGUGUUCAGGAAGCAGUUCCUUUAUGAUGAAGUCGAGGCUGAAGUGAAUCUUUGUUUUGAUCAAUUCGUCUACAAAUUGAGUGAACAGAUAUUUGCACACUACAAACAGCUGGCUGGAAGUAUUUUCUUGGAUAAACGGUUCCGUCUCGAAUGUGAAGUGCUAGGAUUCAACUUCCAAUCUUAUCCCCGGAACAAUCGGUAUGAGACGCUUAUGAAGCAACGACAUGUUCAACUUUUAGGGAGGUCCAUUGAUCUUAAUAAAUUGAUUACGCAACGGAUAAAUGUGAAAGUGCAUGAAAGUGUAGAGCUGGCGAUCAGCCGUUUUGAAGGCAACGACAUUACAGGAAUUGUGGAACUAGAAGGACUACUACAUGUGAAUCGUAUUUGUCAUAAGCUGCUCAGCAAGUACCUAGCUCUAGACAACUUUGAAGCGGUUGUGAAAGAAGCCAAUCAUAAUGUACUGGCACCGUACGGACGCAUAACUCUUCACGUUUUCGUAGAACUCAAUUAUGACUUUUUAUCAAAUUAUUGCUACAAUGCUGCAACUAAUAGAUUUGUCCGUAGUAGAGCAAACAUAUUCGGCCAACAAAUACAGCGCGAAAAGCCUCCGCAAAUGUCACACUACUACCUUUGGGGUUCGAAACAACUAAACGCUGCAUAUUCAACACAGUACGGACAAUACAAUGGCUUCGUUGGUGCACCACAUUUCCACGCAAUGUGUCGAUUGUUGGGCUAUCAAGGAAUUGCCGUUGUAAUGAAUAUAAUCUUAAAAGACAUCGUUAAACCAUUGAUUCAAGGAAAUAUUCUUCAAUUCACCAAAACUCUAAUGAGCGCUAUGCCAAAGUCUUGCAAAUUACCACGUUGCGAAUACGGUUCACCUGGUGUUCUUGGUUAUUACCAAGCACAUUUGACCGAUAUUGUACAGUAUCCUGAUGCCAAAACGGAAUUGUUCCAACAGUUCAGGGAGUUGGGCAACUCAAUAAUAUUCUGCUUGUUGAUAGAGCAAGCUCUUUCUCAGGAGGAGGUGUGCGAUUUGCUUCAUGCUGCUUUAUUCCAAAACAUAUUUCCCAGACCGUAUUGUAAAGAGGGAGAAAAACCGGAAGUGAAACAAAAGCGUCUCGAGGCUCAAUUUGCUAAUCUUCAGAUUGUUUCCAAUGUUGAGAAACUGGGAACUGCUAAGCAAGCAUUAAUCGCUAGCGAAGGCGAUCUACUGACUCGUGAGCGACUCUGUUGCGGCCUAAGUAUUUUCGAAGUGAUUUUGAAUCGAAUCCGUAGCUACCUAGAUGACCCAAUCUGGACCGGUCCAAUGCCAGCCAAUGGAAUUAUGCAUGUUGAUGAAUGUGUUGAGUUUCAUAGGCUUUGGUCCGCUUUGCAAUUUGUCUAUUGCAUUCCAGUUCGUGGAACAGAAUAUACAAUUGAAGAGUUAUUUGGAGAAGGUCUAAACUGGGCUGGUUGCACAAUGAUUGUUCUCUUGGGUCAACAAAGGCGAUUCGAAGCUUUGGAUUUCUGCUAUCACAUUCUGAGAGUACAACGGGUUGAUGGCAAAGACGAAGAUGUUAAAGGAAUUAAACUGAAACGCAUGGUCGAUCGUAUUCGACGAUUCCAGGUACUAAACUCCCAGAUUUUCGCCGUACUCAACAAAUACAUGAAGAGCGGCGAUUUAGAAGGCUCCAAUGUAGAGCACGUACGAUGCUUCCCCCCACCUCAGCAUCCCUCCAUGGUUAGUUCCCACUACCAUGAUCCGAAUAAACUACGACAAAGUCAGCAGCAUUAGAAGGCCCCAGAUAUACAGCGAUUUUUCAAAAACAAAACGUAAACCUACAUACAAAGUAUCAACGCAGUACGAAUUAUACACACAUUUUAGAACUAAAUAAAAAUAGUUUAAACAUUAUUUAUAUAAUAUAAUCGUAGAGAAAAGCAAGGAACCGUAAGAACAUCAAAGUGCUUAUUGUUAAGAUUUUUCAUUAUUUUAUAUUUAAUAUGAGAAGAAAGUAAAUACGAUGUCAAUUUCUUUUUACAUAAAUGCAAAUAUGUAGUUGAUGGUUAAUCGAAUAAUAUUGACAUAGUUGUCUGGCAUGCGGAUUCAUGAGAUCAGCCUGCACUACACAAUGUUAUUAAAAUAUUUCCUACUUUCGCAAUGUUUCAUUGAGUUCGAUGUGUAAUUAGGUAAAAAGAUUCUUUUUAUACACUUUUUUUAAAACAAGAAGCUUAUUAUAUAGUCUUAACUUAUAUAUACACAAUUUUAUAUAAAAAAAAGGAAAAUAAAGUUAGAUUUAUGCAUAGUAA